GAAGGGCCUGUAAACGAUAACAGACUGUACACUGAGCAAUAAUAAACACUCUGGUAUACUAUAUAGUGAUGAAAUCUUUAGCGGUGUUUCUGCCUUUGAGCGAUAGGGGAAGUAAGCCAUGAUCGUACUAAAGAUAACUACAAUUUCUUUAGCGUCGACUGCUUCUGUGACUGCAUUUUGUAGACAAUGUUGAGGCAGAUGUUCCAAGGCUUUAGAGGUGCAAAUGAAAUGUUGCCACUGAUCCAGACCAGGCUGACUUCAAGCAAGAGCAGUCCGAGACUGGCAGGCAAGGUGGCCAUAGUCACUGCAUCCACAGAGGGGAUAGGUCUGGCUAUUGCCAGAAGGCUGGCUGAGGAUGGUGCCAAAGUUAUGAUCAGCAGUCGGAAACAGAAGAAUGUUGAUGCUGCUUUGCAGAGCUUGAGGAGUCAGAACUUACAGGUGUCUGGGAUUGUGUGCCAUGUGAGCAAAGAAGAUGACAGGGCUAAACUGAUUGAAGAGACAGUAAAACAGUUUGGUGGCAUUGAUAUACUGGUUUCCAAUGCAGCUGCAAAUCCAGCAUAUGGUUCUCUUUUAGAUACUUCAGAGGAUGCUUGGGACAAGAUAUUUGAUACCAAUGUAAAAGCCACAUUUCUCUUAUGCAAGGAGGUUGUACCACAUAUCGAAAAGAGAGGGGGCGGGGCCAUUGUACUUGUGGGAAGUGCAGCUGGAUACACCCUCUCCAGGUUGAUUGGAGCUUACUCUAUCAGCAAGACAGCACUACUGGGGAUGACUAAGGCCUUAGCACCAGAACUGGCAGCAAGAAACAUACGUGUUAACUGUAUAGCACCUGGCAUCAUUCAGACACGCUUCAGUGAAGCACUUUGGAAGAAUGAUGUGGCAUCAGAGAUAGCAUUGCAACAAAUUCCACUUCAAAGAUUUGGAACACCUGAAGACUGCGGCAAUGUUGUUUCCUUUCUGGUAUCAGAAGAAGCAAAGUACAUCACAGGCGAGACUGUUGUUGUAGCCGGAGGAAUGUCAUCUAGACUGUAAUGACAGCCCCAAGUCUACAGAACCUUAUGUCUUCAUAGACUGAACUUUCAUCUUGUUUAAUUGUGUUGCAAGUAACUGAUAACUGAGAGCAUGGAUAUAAUUUUAAAUAUCAACUUGUAUGCUAAGUACUCUAAAUCUUUUAUAACAUGCAUUGAAUAAUCAAGAGAACUGUUCUGUCUACUGCUCAA